AGUUUAGAUAUCAAACCACACUUCAGCUCGUUUCGUUCCAUCUCGAAUAAUUUUUUUCAACCUCUGAAUCUUAUGCGACCUUUUGAAAGAAUGUCAUCAGUGGAGGAAAGAAAUAAAGUAGGAGUGGUUAAGGAAAAGGAGGAAGAUAUCGUUUCUUUUUAUGGGUCAGUCCGUUCGCUGGAGGGAAAAGGAAACGGUGACGUAUAAACAUCGUCUACCGUUGAGCUGUUUCCGUAUACCGUGAUAAUUUCUGUGGUUUCAGCUAUUGAUUGUGAAGGAAUUUUUAGUUGUUCGGCGAAACUCGAUGGUUCAAGAUGUCUGGCAACGAUACGUUGAAGUUCCUCGGGAUCGGUUUGCUCCUGGUGAUACACGCGAUUCAGUGUACAAACGAGUCCCAGUCAGAUGAACAGUCAAUUUCUUCAAUUCUCCCUCCGGCUGAGGACGCGAAGAAAAAUAUUACCGAUUUUAGAAGCAAUCUCUCUCUGUGUUGUCCAUAUGGGGAUCGUUUGAUGAACGGUGAAUGCGUGCCGGUGAACGCGACCCUCCGUUUGCCACCCCUCUACAGCGCCAAUGAUCUAAAGUUGAUCGAUGGAACACCAGAUCCUUGGCGUUACUUUCAUCUCAUCGUCCAGAAGCCCGGCUGCCAAAACGGCGUCUACAAGCAACUUUCUCCGGACUACAAUGUCGAACACUUGUUCCAGCUCUUAAACGACAGUACGAUUUAUAUGUUCAUCAUAGAAGUUACUUUGGAGGAUAAUCUGUACUGCAUCAACGGCGUCAUCGAUUCCAAUAUUAGCGACGUCAAUUAUUGCUUCGUACCGGAAGACGAGAUAGGAGGUUCAAAGACGUACGGAUUGUACAUCUCGAUACCGUUUCUAUUCGCGACGUUUUUCGUUUAUUCGGUGUUACCAGAAUUGAAAAACUUGCAUGGCCGCACGCUUCGAGGGUACAUCGGUUGUCUACUGGUCGCUUACGUGAUGCUCGCGACGAUGCAGACUGUUCCACCUGAUGACAUUUCUGACCAGUCUUGCUAUGUGCUUGGUACCAAAUGCAUUUUAUGUAUUACAUUAUCGAUGUUAUCGUUGACUUAUCAUUAUCAGUCGAGGAUUUUUAUUGUAUUUUGUAGAAUCCCUUCCGAUCGAAGACCAUCAUUUUAUUGUUAAUUAAUAUUUAACACGAUUUUCAUCGUUUCU